AUGUCAGUGAAUCCAUCUGACCCACGCAGGCAGAACUUGAUAGGCAUAUUUGGCCUUCCCGGAUCUGGAAAGACCUAUCUUCUCAAUCAACUCAGAAGGGAGCUCGAAGGGGGCCCUUUUUCAUUCUAUGAGUUUGAGGAGGUCGGCCAAACCAGGCCUUCUAACUGGCAUGAAUGCGAUCAAUCAGGGAUCGCAGGAAUUGCCACAGCUAAUUACAUGCUACCGGACGAGGACGGCCAUCCUCCAUACGAGAUAAUUCUUGAUGAUGGCUGUACUAAUGGACCGUUCACGCAUAUUAUAUAUUUAAACACCCCUGUCGAGGUGGUCCAUCGCCGUUGCAUGGACGACGCUGAAAAGGAACUUGAUUGGUGUUCCCUUGAUUACUUUCGUGAAUGGGCCGAUGAAGAAAUCAUUGGGCUGAAAGACGCGUGUUUAGACCGGAAGAUCAUGUUCACCAUUGUGGACCCUCUUGACAUUUCGAGGAUUAUCACCCUCAUCCACACCAUUCAGCUUGAUCGAAAUGAAGAGCACAACCAAGGUAUAGUGGAUCAGCGUAUUGACGAGAUUGUAGCCCCUUGGCAAGGGCAUGUGGAGAAGGUUAUAGUCAUGGACUGCGAUGGAAUCCUCACACCCAAAUAUGAAGAGCAGAUCUUCUGGGGAAAAUAUUAUUUCGGUGAUUGUGCCGAUGUUUACGAGGGACGCCGUCAGUUGCCGGAUAAGCAUCCAUGGUGCGGAUUCAUAGCCGAUGACUUUGAUUGCCGUCAAUCAAGCUUAGCUUAUGAGCAAGUUGCGGCGGAGGGCCGAUUUGACGAGACCUGCGAAAAGGCUGCGUCCGCAAUUUCUCUAUAUCCUGAAAUCAGAAGCUUUUUAAAUCGUGUCUCGCAGUGUCCGCGCCUUCGCAUAAUCAUAGUGACUUCCAGACUACGCUUGCUGUGGGAAAGAGUUCUGGCCCAAGAGGGUCUCUCACAUUCCAUCAAAGUCAUUGGCUCGGGCCCACUUUCUAACGGUCAUAUCGUGACCCCCUCGGUUAAAGAGAGACUGGUCGAACGCCUCAGGACAGUCCAUAACUUGCAGGUAUGGGCGUUUGGAGGCUCCGGUUCGCCUGAGAAGAUGCUUCAACGAGCACAUUAUCCGAUUAUCCUUCAUCGGCCAACUAAUCCCCACUGUGAUGCGGAAUGGUUAUCCGGCAUGGCUUCGACAUUGAAGGAUUCGAAGGAUUGCAUAGAUUCAACCACCCUCCAUCUGAGGGAACUCGAGGAGCCGGCAUUUUUUGAUCAACUCGUUCAACAUCAGUUUACCCUUACUCACGCGACCCACAAGGGCACAGCAAAGCUGCUGCAUACGGAAAUGCUGAAAACGAUUUAUUUUCCCAAUCACGAUCUGGAGGAAAAGGUCUUUCACGAAGCUGGAUGGUAUCUCGCCAACGAAUACAUAAGCGAGCUACGAGGCCUUGAGGAGGUUGCAAUUGAGAAUCCCCAGGAGCCUAAAGCGACUGGUUAUCAACUGGUCCGUGAAAGCGGAAUGCUUAUCGUUCCCCUAAUGGGGAAUAGUCACCACAUGGCUGCCGGAAUCUGCGAUGUCUUCAAGGAAGCUUGCCCGCUGCAAGCAUAUGACCCAGAAGAGAUCGAUCUCGACCAUUUACAGGAAAAGGACACUGUUGUGCUUGUGGAAGCUGUCGCGGAUAGUGCCGAAACCAUCACGCGUUUCGUCAACCACAUCCACAGAGUGAAACCAUGCCUUCCUAUUUUGAUUAUGACUGGAGUCCUUCAAGCUGAGUUAGUUGCACCCGGUGGACCGCUGCCGUCUCUCAUUCAAGGCGGCCCCAUCACGGUGGUUGCACUUAGUCUGGCAAAAGACAAGGACAUGACUAUUGAAAACUACAUUUAUGAUACCGCGCGUAUUUCCUGA